AUGCCAACUGCCAAGCAGUUAGCUGACAUUGGCUACAAGACCUUCUCUGCCUCCUUGAUGCUGCUCACUGUGUACGGGGGUUACCUCUGCAGUGUCCGAGCCUACCAGUAUUUCCAGCUGGGCAGUGCCAGGCGCCAGGCCGCAGAAGAACAGAAGACAUCGGGAGUCCUGUAGAGCUCAGUCUUUCCUUCUGAGCAGCAGGCUUGAGGCACGAGAUGGAAAGACCUCCCCUGCACAUCAUCCAUGGCAAGAGCUAGGGCCACGAUGGCUCUCCGGCCUGCUGGACUAAAGUGCUGUGGUGUCUGUGGUCCUCCCGGCUUGUGCCGUUCUGACAGGUCGCGGAGGCUGUCGGAUAAGUGGCGGUGUGAGGCUGAGGCUCAUUACAGAGAUUAAAUAUUUUGCCA